GGUUAAUUAUCAGCUCAUGGAAAACCCUGCAAAUGGACACACACCUCUAUAUUCUUUAACGGAUUAGAGUUUUCUGAACGGUCUCCAGUGAUUCAAAAAUUCGUAUCAACUCAUUAAGUUGACUCAUUACAGUCUAUGGUUAAGCAGUAUAUUGCACCAAUUUUUCGUAAUCUUUAUCAUUUUUCGAAUAUCUAUUUUCAAAAACUAAAUGGAAAUCCGUCCACCGAAUUCAGCAAGUCGCUGCACGUGGCAAACAAAAUCUAAUGAUUCUCCACAUUUCAAGCGUGACGUCUUGAACGAUAGAAAGAAAGUUUUGCCAGAUAUUCUUGAAGCGAUUGGACAAACGCCUUUAAUACGGCUGAACAGAAUACCAAAAUUUUAUGGAGUCAAAUGUGAAAUUUUUGUAAAAUGUGAAUUUUUAAAUCCCGGUGGAUCUGUUAAGGAUCGGAUCGGUUACCGGAUGGUUCAAGAUGCUGAAUCAGCUGGAAUUCUGAAACCAGGCUCUACGAUAAUUGAGCCAACAUCUGGUAAUACAGGAAUUGGAUUAGCAAUGGCAGCUGCUGUCCGUGGCUAUAAGUGCAUCAUAGUGAUGCCUCAAAAAAUGUCCGACGAAAAACUCUACACACUCAAAGUUCUGGGAGCUGAAAUAAUUAGAACACCAACUGAAGCAGCAUGGGAUAGUCCAGAUUCUCAUCUCGGUGUAGCAAAUCGUUUAUUAGAAGAAAUACCAGACAGCGUGAUUCUCAAUCAAUAUAUCAAUCCGGGCAAUCCUCUAGCUCAUUAUGAUCAAACUGCAAUUGAAAUUUGGCAGCAAACUGAUGGUAAACUUGAUUACUUUGUAGCUGGUGCUGGAACUGGUGGAACCAUAAGUGGCAUUGGCAGAAAACUUAAAGAAUUAUCACCAAGGACCCAAGUCGUUGCUGUUGAUCCAUUCGGAAGUAUUCUUGCUCGUCCAGAGGAAUUGAACAAAACAAAAACAACCUACUAUGAUGUUGAAGGUGUUGGAUAUGAUUUUAUUCCAACUGUCUUGGAUCACAGGGUUAUUGACACUUGGGUUAAAAAUGACGAUUGCGAGGCUUUUAAAAUGGCAAGACUACUAAUUAAAGAAGAAGGCUUACUCUGUGGUGGAAGUAGUGGAGCUGCUGUUAUCUCUGCCCUUAAAUUUGCGAAAGAUUUACCAGCUAAUAAAAGAAUAGUUGUUCUUCUUCCCGAUGGAAUUCGUAACUACAUGACGAAGUUUGUAUCAGAUCAUUGGAUGGAAGCACGUGGGUUUAUGGAACCACCAGCACCGAAAGAAGCCAACAAAUGGUGGUGGAAUCUUCCAGUAUCUAGCAUCAACUUUGUCAAACAAAAGCCACUUUCUCAAGGUGCAACGUGCCAAUACGCCUUGGAAAUGUUCAAUAAUGAAAAAUAUCAGAUAAUUCCAGUUUUGAUUGGUGAUAAAUUCACUGGAUAUAUUUCUGUUAAGUCACUCAUGACUGGUCUUAUUAAUGGGGAUGCUACCAACUCAUGCCCAGCUGAUAAACUUGCUGUUAAAUCAUUUAGCAAAGUUAAUUUUACUGUCACAAUCGGCAGAGUAUCAAGGAUUCUUGAAAAAGAAUCUUUUGUUGUCGUUGUCGAUGAGAAUAAGGAUGACAAAUUUGUAGGAAUUAUCGAUCAAAAAGACGUGUUCAAUUUUAUUAGGAAUGACAAAAAUAAAUUCAACGGAAUCUGAUAACAAAUAUUUUGAUUGAAAUUUUGAAUAAAAUAAAAUCAAUUCACUAUC